UUUUGGUGCAGAAAAUGUGCUAUCCAUAAAAAUGUUUUAGAUCAAGUGGUACACCUCUACACUCUGUAACUCCACAUAGAGCAGAUAGUUCAGAGACAUUAUCAUCUCUGUAAGAGAGAGAGAGAGGACAAACACAGUCAAGAAUCUCUCACAGACUGUGAACAACAAGCCUGAUCUGCAGUUUGCCUUUGAACCACACAGGGUGUGUUCUUUUCUCAGUUCAGCAGAAGUGAAAGUGAUAGUUAGAGACUGAGAGACUGAGAGACCGUGAAAUGGAGGCUACAGCUUUGAUUCCUGAAAAGGAGCUCAUCUGUUGUUCUGUAUGUUUUGAUAUUUUUAAAGAGCCUGUUCUGCUAAAAUGUAGCCACAGUUUCUGUAGAGUGUGUCUGCAGCAGUGCUGGGAAGAGAAGAGCUCUCGAGAGUGUCCCAUCUGCAGGAGAAAGGCCCCUAUGGAUUCUCCUCCUAUAAACCUGGCUUUAAGAAGCAUUGUGGAAUCCUACUUAAAGCAGAAGACUGACAGAGAAACUGCACACAAGAGUGAGGCUCGCUGUAGUCUUCAUGGGGAGAAACUUCUAUUAUUCUGCAAACAUGACAAAGAAACUCUCUGUAUCGUCUGCCACACUUCAAAAAAACACACAAACCACCCAGUCUGUCCAGUGGAAGAGGCUGUACUGGAUCUUAAGGAGGAACUCAAGUCUGCACUUAAUCUCAUUAAAGAAAAACGGAAGAUCUUUACUAAGAAUGAACGAGAGUGUAAGAAAACCGCAGAACACAUGAGGAGUCAAACGCAGCACACAGAGAGGCAGAUAAAGGCAGACUUUAAAAGGCUGCACCAGUUCCUACGAGAGGAAGAGGAGGCCAGACUAGCUGUACUGAAGGAGGAAAGGGAGGUGAAGAGUCGGGUCAUGGAGAAGAAAUUGGCAGACAUCACAAGACGCAUCUCCACCCUUACAGACAAAAUCACCGCUAUAGAGAAGGCCAUGGAUACUGAAGAUGCCUCCUUUUUAAAGAGCUACAAGAACAUCAACGACAGAGCCCAGUGCACACUGCAGGACCCAGAGCUGCUCUCAGGGGCACUGAUAGAUGUGGCCAAACACCUGGGCAACCUGACGUUCAGAGUCUGGGAGAAGAUGCUGGGGAUGGUGCAGUACACUCCUGUGAUGCUGGACCCCAACACUGCAUGUGCCGAUCUCUCUCUCUCUGAUGAUCUGACCACUGUGAAACGCACAGGUACAGCGCAGGACUGUCCUGACAACCCAGAGAGGUUUAACCGCUGUGUGAAUGUGCUGGGAUCUGAGGGGUUUACCUCAGGGAAGCACAGCUGGGAGGUGAAGGUUUGGAGUAAAACUGUCUGGGCUAUAGGAGUGGUGAAAGAGUCCAUCAUUAGGAAGGGAAAUAUAAGCAGCAAAGACAAAGGAUUCUGGGUCUUUUAUCUGAGGAAUGGUGAUCAGUACAAAGCUGGAGAUACUGUGCUCACACUGGAGAGGAAGCCCCAGAGCAUCAGAGUGCAGCUGGACUAUGACAGGGGGGAGGUGUCCUUCUUUGACUCCAGUGACAUGGCCCACAUUCACACUUUUAAACACAUGUUUACUGAGAGAUUGUUCCCAUUCUUCUGUCCUGGUUGGAGAGAUGGUGGUAGCAAUGACGCCCCCCUGCAAAUAUGUCCAGCAAAGGUUUCUGUAACAGUGACAUCAUCCCAGUGAAGAUGUUUGAUAAAAAAAUUAAGAAAUGUUGUGCUUGUAAGGAAUUUGGGUUGUUUCUAAUCCACCUCAGCAUGCCUGGUUGUUGACCUGAACUGAGAGAGCUGCUGGAAAUGUGAUGGAUGGGUUUCCGCUGGCCUAACAGAACCCAAUGGGAGGCAGUACACACACACACACACACACACACACACCAUUUGGUUCCUGUAAUCAGCCUCAGUGUGCAUGGAUGUUGAUUUGGGGUGGUCAGAAGGCAGCAGACAUGCAUACAGAGGUAACAAUGAUCAUUUGAUUCCCUGCCACAUUAUUGCUACAUUUCAUUCUGGGGAAGGGCUAUAAAGCUGGGGCUUGAACACUGCAUUGUAAUUUACCUGCCUGGCUUUUACCUGCUAUGUUUCCUGCUGUAAAUGAGACUACUUUCACUUGUUAAUAUACAUUGUUAUUGAUGUAAACUUUGGAACUAAGACUUCACUUUAAAAAGGACCAAGUUCUGUCACUGUAAACAAGUACGAUAGAGGAAAUCCAUUUCAUAAUUAUAAUACAUUUUCAUUCAAUUAUCAUUUAAUCAUUAAUAGAGUUUAUUGCAUACAAUGUUCAUACAUGAAACAGAUGCACUCUUGUGGUUAAAUCAAAUGUUUUUAUACCUGAUCAGUGUCAUUACAUUUUAGUCAGGUUUAUAUAUUGCAUGACAAUUAUUAGUAUUGUAAUUAUUAUUUGUAAUUAAAUCACUGGAAUUGGCAAGUAAUCACCAA